AUGGAUGAUGCUGCCGUCCUCAAGCGACGAGGCUACAUCAUGGGGAUAAAUUUGGGGGAGGGCUCGUACGCCAAAGUCAAGUCUGCUUACUCUGAGCGCCUCAAGUUCAACGUGGCGGUCAAGAUCAUCAACCGCAAGAAAGCCCCCACUGACUUCCUGGAGAAAUUCCUUCCCCGAGAAAUUGAGAUUCUGGCCAUGCUCAACCACCGCUCCAUCAUCAAGACCUACGAGAUCUUUGAGACUUCUCACGGCAAGGUCUACAUCGUCAUGGAGCUCGGGGUCCAGGGCGACCUGCUCGAGUUCAUCAAAACCCGGGGGGCCCUGCACGAGGACGACGCCCGCAAGAAGUUCCACCAGCUCUCCUCGGCCGUCAAGUACUGCCACGACCUGGACAUCGUCCACCGAGACCUCAAGUGCGAGAACCUGCUCCUCGACAAGGACUUCAACAUCAAGCUGUCCGACUUUGGCUUCUCCAAGCGCUGUCUGCGUGACGACAGUGGCCGCGUCGUUCUGAGCAAGACCUUCUGCGGGUCGGCGGCCUACGCGGCCCCCGAGGUGCUGCAGGGCAUCCCCUACCAGCCCAAGGUGUACGACAUCUGGAGCCUGGGCGUGAUCCUCUACAUCAUGGUGUGUGGCUCCAUGCCGUACGACGACUCCGACAUCAAGAAGAUGCUGCGUGUCCAGAAGGAGCACCGCGUCAACUUCCCACGCUCCAAGCACCUGACGGGCGAGUGCAAGGAUCUCAUCUACCGCAUGCUGCAGCCGGACGUCAACCGGCGGCUGCACAUCGAUGACAUCCUUGGCCAUUGCUGGGUGCAGCCCAAGGCCCAGGCCGUGUCCUCCACGGCCAUCAACAAGGAGGGGGAGAGCUCCCGGUGCACUGAAUGCCCCCGGACCCCUGAGCCCACGUCUGACAAAAAGUCUGCCACCAAGCUAGAGCCCCAAGAAGACGCUGGGCUCAAGACAAGCCCCGAGGAGGGGUCUAUGACAGUGUCCAGGCAGUCGGAGAACCUGGGCUUUGUGGGUGAGCGUUCAGCAGGUGAAACUGAGGAAGGGGCCCCCCAGCCGCCACAGCAGCCCCCAGAGACGCACAGCCAGUGA